UCUCCCAUCUGUCCUUCUUAAUUAGAAGUUACAGUGGCCCGGAAACCGAAGGACAGCUUUUGAAUUCAUUCGUCCAGUAUUUUGGUGACAGUCUUGGGAGGAAGAUUAAAAGAAUGCCUUUAAUUGAAGAAACUGUUCUGCCUGGGGACUCCCUCCUUACUCUGCCUGUAGUCAUAAUAGGAAAUGGACCUUCUGGAAUUUGUCUUUCUUACCUGCUCUCUGGAUACAGGCCAUAUUUAUCUCCUGAAGCUAUACACCCAAACCCCAUUCUACAUACGAAAUUAGAAGAAGCUCGUCAUCUUUCCAUUGUUGAUCAAGAUCUAGAGUACCUGUCUGAAGGCCUCGAAGGACGCUCUUCAAACCCAGUUGCAGUGCUUUUUGAUACGUUGCUUCAUCCGGAUGCUGACUUUGGGUAUGACUACCCACCAGUUUUGCACUGGAAACUAGAACAACAUAAUUAUAUUCCCCAUAUAGUGCUUGGUAGAGGACCACCUGGUGGGGCUUGGCAUUCCAUGGAAGGCUCUAUGCUAACAAUCAGUUUUGGAGACUGGAUGGAAUUGCCUGGCCUCACCUUUAAGGAGUGGGCAGCUAGCAAACGCAGAAAUAUAAAGAGUGAUCGAGUAAUGCCAGAAGAAAUAGCUUGUUAUUAUAAACAUUAUGUUAAAGUCAUGGGCCUCCAAAAGAAUUUCAGAGACAACGUUUACAUCACCUCAGUAUCCAGGCUUUACCGUGGAAAGGAUGAUGAAGAUAGAAGUCAACUAAAUGAAAAUAUUUCAACACCUCACUUGGAAAUGGAAGAUGGACAGAAGUCACUGAUUAAGAGAAACUGGGAAGUCAGAGGUUAUCAGCGAGCAACAGAUGGUUCUCAUGUGCCCUUCUGCCUUUUUGCCGAGAAUGUGGCUCUUGCCACAGGAACCUUUGAUUCUCCUGGCAGACUACAAGUUGAAGGAGAAGACUUUCCUUUUGUGCUUCAUUCCAUGUCUGACUUUGGAGCUGCAAUCAGCAAAGGAAAGUUACGUGGGAAGGCAGACCCUGUGUUAAUUGUGGGUGCUGGACUUACAGCAGCCGAUGCAGUACUGUGUGCUUACAACAACAACAUCCCAGUAAUCCAUGUGUUUCGUAGAAGAGUUACUGAUACAAGUCUGAUUUUCAAACAGUUACCUAAAAAGCUUUACCCUGAAUACCAUAAGGUCUAUCAUAUGAUGUGUACUCAGUCCCAUACUGUGGACUCUAAUCUGCAUUCUGCUUACACUAGUUUCCCUGAACACAACGUACUUUCCUUCAAGCCUGAAAUGAAGUGUGUUCUUCAGAGUGCCUCUGGACUGAAGAAAAUUUUGAAGUUUUCUGUAGCCUUAGUUCUGAUAGGUUCUCAUCCAAACCUUUUCUUUCUAAAGGACCAAGGACAUAGCAUAGGUCAUCACUCUAAUCAGCCCAUCACAUGCAAGGGGAAUCCUAUAGAGAUUGAUCCAUACACUUACGAAUGCACUAAAGAAGCUAACCUCUUUGCUUUAGGUCCUCUGGUGGGAGACAACUUUGUACGGUUUUUAAAAGGAGGUGCAUUGGGCAUUGCACGAUGCUUGGCAAUAAGGCAGAAGAAGAAACAUGAAUUGAUUGAAAGUGGGGAUGGAGGAGGUGAUGGGGUACCAUAAGUAAGACAUUAGAAACUUUCACAUACAGAAUUACAGACGUAGUCUAACAGAACACUCACUGACAGCGAAAGUUGGUAGCAGUCACAUUUCUGUUGUAUACAAGUAACCUGCGCUUGUAUUGCUUGGUAAAGGAUGCUGAUACUACAAACCUUUUCAAAAUACAAAAAAUUGAUCUGCUAUUACAACUGAUACUCAACUGGAAUUACUUCCAGAUAAACAGAAAUUGAGACUAACUUACAUUGACAUGCCUGUCAUCUCUUGCUCAGUUAAAAGAGCAGACUUACUCUGGAAAAAGCAAUGCCUACCAGAGUGGCUUUUCAUUUUAGUGUCAGAUGUGACAAAAUAGUCUUACCAUGAAUUAAAAUAACUUUCAAAAGCAGAAAGCUUGCUAAGUACCAAGUGAUUCUUGAUCCUAAAGUGAAUUUCGAGCCUUCUGCUUGAAACCAGGAUUUUAUUUAUUUGCUGUAGUAACAUUCCUCAACAGUUACAAAUUAUCCUAUUUGAUAAUUGGAAUAAAAGAAGAAACAUUUCCAUUUAAUCUUUAAAACAUGAUUUGACACAGUCCAUGAAUGUUUUUUCACACUAUGCCUCAAGUUGGGUGAGUGGAGAAAGACUUAACAGAUGUUCCCCCUUACAGUGAUAUGUACAUUUCUGAGAAUACUCAGUAACAUAAACAAUAAAGUACUGAUGUAAGUGCUCUUA